AUGCAAGACCCGAUCACCGUCGACCCAUGCCUUGUUCCGUACACGGCCGCGCAUGGUAGCGCCGGGUACGCUCACCAGACCACAAACCCUGCGCCCGCAUCGCUCGCGUGUACCGCCGACUUCCCUCCACUCCCGCCGCACGCCACAGAAAUAAGAGAGAGUGAACAGGGUCCGGUCGCAUCCAUUGAUGCGCCGUAUCCGGUCAGAGCUGGCUAUGCGCAACACGUCAGUCAUCGCAUAUACCACGAUCAUAUGCAUGAGCAUUACCCGCCAUCGAAUGAGGAUCGCCAGUCAUACACACAACCGCAACCGGUCAACGACAACUGGCGACAUCCGUCCAUUGUACCGUCAAUUCCGGCGUUCGCUCGCUCGCAAUCCAGCAGUCUUGCACAUGCUCUUGGAGACCUCAUCUUGAAACUUGGCUCAGUGAAUCGGAGCACGGGGCCAAGAACCGACGCACCGAUAGCAAAAACAGACGUGACACUACUCGAUGCUGACGCCCUGCGGGACACGAUGAUGAAGAUCGAGGAUGGCGAGCAACAGUUGAGGCAUGACAUCACCUUCAUUCACGAAACUGGAUCACCAGCUUCAGAAACGCCGACCGUAUCCUCGCGUGCACGGACGAGCGAUUCGUCAGCGGAAUCCGAACCGCCGCCGCCGCCGCGCCGCAAGCGGACCCGUGGACCGAAUAAGGGACCACGGAAGGAUCGGGGUUUUCUUGCAUGCUUCUUUUGUCGUGGACGCAAGGUUUCGUGCAACCCUGUGGCUGACAGCGGAGGCAAGAAAUGCGAGUGA